CCAACAAGCAACGGACACAGGUGAUAAAGCCAUGAAUCCUACAUUAACAGACAAUGUAGGAGCCACAGAGGAUGAAACUGUUCCGGAAUCAUCAUCAGCUAACAAGGUUGCUGCUGAAGGAACCUGCGGCAUAUCAGAACAAUGCCAGGAUAAAAAGGAAAAAAUUCAGGUUGUAGAAGAGGAGAGCAAUGAAAAUCAUGUGACUGAAGAGACAAGAGAAAUAGCAGAAAAGGGUGAUAGAAUUUGCAACAUUGUAGAUGAUACUAGAACAAGUGUAGAGAUGGAAAGUGUCGAAGAAGCAAACGUCAAGGUCAAAGGAGAGGAAACUUUGAUGGAGGAAAGGAUAUUUGAACAAAUUGAAGCAAGUGAAACUCAGCAAGUUUCAGCAGAAGAAUACCCAAAACUCACUGAAGAAGGAAAAAAUGGCUUAGAGAAAAAUGGUAGACAAGAAACAAAUAAAGAGAAAAGAGUUGGAUUGAACUCCAGUGAAAAAGUUAUCAGCAGUCUUGAAGCCGUCUCAGGUCAGAAGCAUGAAGCUUUGUUUUAUGCUGAUGUGGAAGUCAACAACUUAAGCACUACACACCAAACAGCAGAGGCUUCACAGAAAAAGGAAAGCAUUCCCUCAAUUGCUGACACCACAUUAGAGAACUUCGGUGAGAAAGGCUUGAAAGAAGUAGAAGAAAAGAAAUCAGAGUGCUGCUCCCUUUCCAUGGGUGAGGAAAGCAGUCCUAAGGAGCACAAUGAAGAACAUUGCCAUGGUGAGAAUGAUGAAGUGACUGUUACUACUGAGGAGAACACUGAGAAUGCACCAAAUCCUAGGGAAAAUUUAGAGGAAACCAUUUUGCCACAACAUGAACUAGACAAGACAGAGCUUGAAAAGUGUGACAGAACUUGCAACAUCGUAGAUGAUACAAGAACAAGUGUAGAGAUGGAAAGUAUCGAAAAAGAAAAUCUCAAGGUCAAAGAAGAGGAAAAUUUGAUGGAGGAAACGAUAAUUAAACAAAUUGAAGCAAGUGAAAAUCGGCAAUCUUCAGCAGAAGAAAACCCAAAACUCGCUGCAAAAGAAAAAGAAGGCUUCGAGAAAAAUGCAAGAGAAGAAAACAACAAAGAGAAAAUAGCUGAAUUUGACUCCAGUGAGCAAGUUCUCAGCAUUACUGAGGUUGCCUCACGUCAAAAGGAUGAGGCUUUGUUUUACGCACCUGAUAUGGCAGUCAACAACUUAGGCAGUGGAGUUGAGACUCAAGACAACUUCGGAGAGAAAGGGUUUGAAGAAGUUGAAGACAAGAAAUCAGAUUGCUGUUCCACUUUAAUGGAUAACGAAAAAAGUUCUAAUGAGUUCAAGGAGGAACACGGUCACGUUGAGAAUGAGCAUACUCUUGUAGAAGAUAAGGACAGCAUCACUGAUAAAAUGACUUUAAUUGCUGAGGAGAACAACGAAAAAGCACCAAAUCACCCCGAAAAUUUAGAGGAAAUCUUGCUACAACAUGAACCAGAAAAGUUGAAGCUUGACAAUCACUCAAAUAUGGAUUCCAUGGAUAUAGAUACAUCUUCAAAAGAGUAUUUUGAAAAAGUUGCAUGCAUUGAAGACAACGCACCUAUCCAAAUUCAUAAUGAAAGCUUCGAGGGGAGAGCAGUAGCAGACAAAUCAACCACUAGUGAUGCCCUUGGCAAUCUGGCCAUUCAAGAAGAAAAGCAGAAAAUCCUGCACACUGAGUUUGACAAUGUGGAAAUUGAACCCCAAAGAAAAAAUGCAAAUGACGUACUUCUCUCUCAUUUGAUCGUCAAAGACUUAAUACAACCAGAAGACGAGAAGCGGGAGAAAGUACUUGUUGUACAAGAAGAACAAACCCAUGAAGCAACUGAAGCAUCUAGAGAGGAGGAAAAGAAAAUUGAAGAUGCAAGUAGGGCUCCCAGAAGUACAGAAACCACAGUUUUAGAGCAUUCAGCUGCAGGAACACUAAUGACAGAGGACAUCCAACAAGCUUCUGAAGCAUCUGAUACAAACAAAGGGUUUGAGAAUGUGGUUGUAGGAGCAGAGGAUUUAGAGAGGACUUAUGGGUUGAACCCCACAGAGAAAAUAGACGGCAACGUUGUGAAGGAGAACAUGGAAGGGGAAACAAAUAAGGAAGAUGCUGAAGAGAUUGUUAUGCAGAUGCACAAAGAGUUCAAAAAAAAUAUGGCGGAUGAUGAUGUUGAAAAAAAAAUUUUAGAAGGUAAGAACCAAUUGGCAGAACUUACUGCAGUGGAAGUAACUGAAGCCGCAAUAUCAGUACCAAUAUCCAACGAAGAGAUGAACCAGAUUGCAAGCAGUCAUCAGGUGAACCACGUUGCUCAAAAUACCAGUGGGAGUGAGCAAGUGAGGAAAUGGGACAUGGAUGAAGGCAGAGCAAUAGACAACUUCCAGCUUCCUGCAAAAGAAACAGACAAAUUAGUACAUUUAGAAGAGGAAAAGGAGAAACAGAAAAAAGAGGAGGUCCAGGACUUGGACUCAGAAAAUAAAGAAAAAGUUCAAGCAAAAGAGUUGGAAGAUAAUAUGAGAGCUGAGACUUUGAACGACAGAGAAGAGUUAAACAACGAUGACCAUCCCAUGAAUACUUCAAAAGCAUUCAAAGAAGAAACAGUACCAAAAGAAGUUGAUGGAAGCCUAGUUGGCAUCUCACGGGAGCCUCAAAUGUCUGUUGAGGAGAGUAAAGAAGAUUUCUUAACGAAAGAAAAGCCCAGUAUUCAUGAAUUUGGAUCCAUAUAUGUGUUCAAAGUAUUGGAAGAAGCAAGCUUAAAUGAAACUGAACCAAAAGAUAUAAAGCAACUGGAAAGUGAUGGUCUUGCUUGUCAAGAGAAACCAAAAGAUGCAAAAAGGGCUAGACUUGAUAGUUUGGAUAUCAUUGUGAGAACAGAUGAUGCCUACAACAUUGAAGAGAAUAGGAAUAAGGAUCGAGAAGAAGUAGACGAACAUGAAGAGAAGAUCGAGCAAGAAAUCCAUACCGAAGCUCCAACAGCAGGAAGUGAAGAUCAGGACGUGGAGGCUACUAGUGAGCAAUCUGAAGCACAAGAUAACCUCAGUAAGAUAGAAAAAGAGCUUGUCAGAGAUGAGGCGAGUAAUAAAGUAGACGAAACUCCUGUUCAUGCCCAAAUCCCAUAUGAUAAUACAGACACGUCUUUCAUUGGACAGAUGGCGGUAAAUAUGAAUGAAACUGAGGACUCUAAAUUGGGGACUGCAUUUGCAAGAAAGGUGAGAGCUAAUAACGAAAUGCAGACUCACCAGGGUGAUGACCACUAUGAAAAACAUAGCUCUAGUUCUGAAGAUGCGGAAAUUUCGAAAAGAGAAAAACCAACAAACCCAACAGAUAUUUGCAAAUCAAGGACUUCAAAUGAGGAAAAACCAUUGAAUGAAGGAUCGGGUGUGGACAAACUUGAAGACAAGAAAACCUUGGAGGAGAGUGGGGACAAUAAAAAAGCUAUUCUGCAACAAGUGGACUCUGGUAUGGUAUAUGAAGGUCCUGCUGCAGAAAAUGUAUUAGUUGAACAGGAAGCUGGAACUGACAGCCCAAGAAUUGAAGCUGGAAAUACUGAAAACUAUGGAACUCUGGUGGAAGAGAAUUUCAAAUCAGCUGAAUCUAGUGAGGAACCCAAAUGCACCUUAGGAAUUGUGACCAAAAAUCAAAGUCAAGACACGAUUCCUUUGACCAGUGAGAGUCAAGAAGAAAUAAAGAGAAAUGACAUUCAUAAUCAGAGUUUUACCUCUACUGAAGAACAAAAUUCUGGAGAAACACUACAAGAAGAUCAAAAUAACAAAGAAGAGAAAACAGUGACCGAUGUUUUGCCAGAAGAUCAUAGUCACAGCAUUGAAAAUGCAUAUGAUGUCAACAAGGCAGUCAACAUAACCAAAGAGUUGGAAGGAAUAAAGAAAGAUAAUGACGAUGAAAACAUCAGACAUCAGAAAGAGGAAGGGAGCAAUAUAAAGGAACUUCUCCCUGUAUCUACUGAAGAGGAAAGGACUAAUAAGGUGAAGGACUAUAGCCCCGUCUCAACUGAAUAUUUUAUUGCUGAACACUCCAAUGAAGAGACAGAGAAAGCAAACUUCAAGGCUAAAGGAGAGUCAACUGGGAAAACGGAGGCAGCAAUUACGGAUGAAAUGGAUGAGGGAAAAGUGGAAGAAGAAGAAGAAGACAGGGAGAAGCCAGUGAGUGUCUCCUCCGUAGUAGCCGAAGAGUCAGAAGAAAAGAACAAAAAGGAGUCGACAGAUGAAGCAAAUAAAAGUUAUGAUAAGAUCAAUACAACUGCGGCAAUGGUAAUGGCGCAGACAAGCUUGGAGAAAUCCCAGAUACAUAAGAAGCCUGAGGUUUCCAACAUUUUCUUGGACAAAAGGAUUUCAUGUAUAGUUGAAACUGAGCCCAGCCAACAGGGUAACCUUACUGACAGCACUAGCCCUGAAGAACUUACAUCUUCCUUGGUAUCUCAACCUCCAACUGCUUAUCAUGAGGACAGUGAGAACACUGAGACCACAAGAAACCCAGAUGCAGGUGAAGAACCUCAUGAAACAAUGAAGAGCCUGCUCUUGGAGAAGUUUCAUCUUGAUGAAGCUAGAAAAGCAAUCAAAGAAACUUCUGAAAUGGUUUAUGCGUUUCAAAAUUCUCAAGACAAUAAAGCAGUUAAAGGAAAUGCAAUUGUGGCCGAUCUUAAUCUCACUGCAGAGGACUUAAAUCAGCAACUACAAACACUGUCCCCCACCUCUCCUUUGAAGGAACAGAAUCACGAAAUCAUAGAAACAAUCAAGAACACGCAGGGAGUACAAACUACGGAAUACGAAAGUUCAGAAAAACCCUUGGCGACAAAGACGGCAGAAGAAACAUGCCUAAAUAAAAAAGACCUCCAUAGUUCCAAUUUCUCUCAAUCAGGAUACAAACUCAAUACUGAAACAGAAAAUGACUGUCCGAAAAAAUUGAAUGAAGCAGGACGGACACAGGAUGAAAUUAGAGAAGAAAACAAAAAUGAUAGUGAAAAGGAAGUCAAAUCUGAAAUUGAAGGUAAUGAAGCAGCCACAGAUGAUGAACACAGAGCUGAUCAGACUCAUAAUGUGGAGAAUUUAAAGGAACAACAUCAGGCACCACCCCAAGCAUUGCUUUUUGAGGGUCAGAAGCACGGGCUCACAGGCACCAUUGAGAAUUCAAAGAAAGUGGAAUCCUUACAAGAUGGGGAAGAAAUGAGUUCAGAUGAAAUUUAUGAAGGAAAUACAGCGGCUUAUGAAAUGGUAUCCACAUCUGAUUCUCAAGACAUAAAAGCAGCAAACACAAUGGACAGUCCCGCAAGGCAGAAAUCAGAAGAACACCAAGCAGCACUCUUUGCAAUGCAUUCCCAAGAACAGGAGCAUGAAAGUUCAACCAUAAUUGAGAGCAUGGAAAAGACCAUGAAAGAAAUGGAAGUUCUGAAAGAUGAGGGUACUGUGUAUGAAAUCAGUGCAAAAACUAAGGAAGCUUCCGCAACAAUAUUUGAGUCUGAAUCUCAAAAGCUCAGAGAACAUGAAGCUGAAAUUGCUUCUGAUCAGACAACGACAAAGGAGAAAUUAGAAGAGCACCAACAAAUGCCACACUUUGCACUGCCUUCUAAGGAACAAGUUCAUGAAAUUUUAAUGCCAAUCAAAAGUGUAAAUGAGAACGUGAAUGCCGUAGAACUGCUAGCAGAUGAGAGUCAAGAAAAUUCUUCAGCACCGUGGUCAGCAGAAAAAAUUUGCCUCCAAGAAGAAGAGACCGGGGAGCUUGAAGUCGCUAAUUUGGGACAUGACAUUACAACAGACAUGUCAGACGAUUCAAGUGAAGCGCAUGGAAUCAAAAGAGACAUUGCACAAGAAGCUUCAAAAUUAGAGCCUCAAGAAUAUGAGAAUGAGAUAGAUUACAUUGAAUGUCAAUCUGAAAACAAGAAGACAACGGGACUAGAGGAAUCAUCUGAGAAUGUCUCCAUGCUCAUGUCUGAGACAAGUGCAAAGAGUUUAGAACAUGUAUCAGAAGUCUACCAUCACGAAGUUUCCGCUAAGCAAGAUGCUGAAAUGAAGGAAAACCUUCCCGAGACACCAAUUACUGAUUUGUGGGCUGAAGAAAAUCAAUGCAAGAAAACAGUUGAAGCAACUAAAAGCAUACAGAAUGCCAUUGCAAAUCAAAAGAUCAGCGAGGAAGGGGAAGAUACAAACAACCAUCUCCUGAUUACCCUCAGUCAAGAAAGAAUACAAGAAAGUCAUCAAGAUUAUGAACAUAAGGCUGAAGAAAAAUCAGGAGAGACAAAUAAAAGACUCAAGGCCUCAAUGAGUAAAACUCAAACCGAAGAGUUGUGUGAGGAAGCCAAGAAGAUUGAUACCACCAGUAAAAUUGGACAGAAAGGUGACGAGGAAAAAACUAUUGAGGACCCUGACCACGUUAAUAUUCAGAAUGAGCAAAUAAAGAAGGGUCUUCUCAGUGAAAGUAAGACAGGGAUACAGGACAGUCCAAAUGAAGUAAGUGAGGUAAAAAGUAGCAGUCUCGAACAAGUUCUAAAACUAGAUGAUAAUGAGAUAAAAACUUCAGAAUGUCCUUCUGAAAGUGAGAAAGCAACAGCAUUAGAAAGACUAUCUGAUAAAGAUGCCCUGUUCAACCCUGAGAUGACAAGUGAAGAGAAUUUUGAAUGUGAGUCAGAAGUUCAGUGUCAUGAAGUCCUCGUCAAAUUGCUAAACACGAUGGAAGAGCAUCCUGAGGCAAGAGUAGAAGUCUUAAGAGCUGAAGUAAAUCAGUGCAACCAAACAAUUGAAUCAACUCAAAUCAUACAGUACGAAGCAACAAAUGAAAAGGAAAAGGCGGAUGCCAGCAAUUGUCACCCAAUUUCCCUUACCAAGCAGCAAAGCGAAGGAAGUUGUCAAAAAAUUAAACAGAAGGCCCAAGAACGUGAAACAGAAGAAACGUCAAUGAGAAAUACGGGAAGCAACGAGUUUUAUGAGAAAACCGAGAAGGUUGAUCCGACCAAGAAGAUUGAAGGAGAAGAUGGUGCUGAGGAAAAAACUGUUGAGUACCCUGACCAAGUUGAUAUCGACAAUAAGACAAUCAAAGAGAGCAUUCCUUCAAUUGAACAGGUGCACAGAAUCACAUCCAUAGUUGUAAACAUGAAUGUAGAAGCAAUAGAUGAAGAUAGGAGGCCAGAAAAUUCUUCAGCAACAAAAACUGCGGAAGAAACUUGCUCAAGAAAAGAAAGGCCUAAGGAAUCCGAAAUUUCCUGUUUGGGGCUUGCCUCCAAUGAAGACAAUUGGGAAGGCAGCCCAAAUGAAGUAAACAAGGAAGUAAGAACUUUGGAUGGUACUGAAGAAGAAAACAAAGAAGAUUAUGAAAUGGCAUCCACAAUGGAUUCUCAAGACAUCAGAGCAGCAACUGCAAUUCAAAGUCUCCCAAUGGAGAAAUUAGAAGAGCAACAUCAGCACACAUACCCUGAAAUGCUUUCUGAAGAACAAGAGCAUGAAAGUUCAACCUCAUUUGGGAGACAAGAAAACAAUAUCAAGGAGAUGAAACUUUCGACAGAUGAGAGUCCAGAAAAUUCUGCAUCAAAAACAACAGAAGAGGCACCCUUGCUUAAGGAAGAGACUGAAGAGCCGAAAUUCCCCCAAAUGAGCCAUGAACUAGAUACAAUCGAUAAGGACAGUACAAAUGAAGUACUUAAGGAAGAAGAAGAUGAUUUUGAGGAAAUUAGUGAAGACAUUGAAGAAGCUUCUGCAAGAGUACCAGCAUCUAAAACUCAAAGGCUCAGAGGAGAUGAAGCAGAAGGAACUUCUGAAGCUCAGACUCUCGCAGUGCAGGAAUUAAAAGAGAAAACACCAUCUUCUCCACAUUCUAAGGAACAAGAUCAUGGCAUUAUCAAGAAGAAUGAGGUUGAGGGGCUACAAGAUGAGAGUCAAGAAAAUUCUUGGGCAUUGCGGACAACAGAAACAACAUGCUUGCAGGAGGAACAGACCAAGGAGGCUGAAGUCACCAAGCUGAUCCUUGAAAUCAGAACGGACGUAUUGGAAAAUCCAACUGAAAUAAAUGAGAUCAAAAAAGACAACCCAGAACAAGCUUUGACAUCAGAGCCUCAAGAAUACAUAAACGAGAUUGAAAAUAUUGACUGCCCAUCAAAAAGCGAGAAAACAAUAGGACAUUGUAAUAAGGUCCCAAAUUUCAUGUUUGAGACUGAAAAGGGUAUUGAACAUCUACCAGGAGUCCAUUAUCAUGAAUUUGUCACCAAACACAAAACUGAAACAAAGGAAGACCAUCCCGAGGAAGGAAUAACUGAUUUCAAGGCUGGAGAAAAUCAGUGGAAGAAAACAAUUGAAGCAACUGAAAUCGUACAGAAUGACAUUACAAGAGAAAAGAUCAGGGAGGAAAAGGACGUGAACAAUGAUCACCCAAUUUCUCUUGUUGAAGAAAGAAGUGAAGAAUAUCAUCAGGAAUAUGAACACAAGACCAUUGUAGAUUUGGGAGAGAAGACCAUUGCAGAUUUGGGAGAGAAGACGUGCGAAACAUGUGAGACAUCUAUCAGUAUAAAUCAAAGCAAAGAGUUACAUGGGGAAAUAGAGAAGAUUAUCACAACAAAAAAGUUAGAAGGACAAGACGGUGCUAAAAGAGAAAAAGUGGAUGACCCGGACCAAGUUACUAUUCAGGAUGAGACAAUCAAAGAGAGCCUUCCAACUGAAAUUAAGGCAGAUAUAGAGGAUAGUCCAAGUGAAGUAUGUGAGGUAGAAAGCAAAACUCCAGAUGCAACUAGGAAAUUAGUGCCUCAUGAAUAUGAAGAAGAAAGCAAAAAAACAACAGCAAUUGCAAGACAAUCCAAGGAAGCUGCCAUGCCCAUACUUGAGACAAGCAAAAAGAAAGUUGAAUGUCUUUCUGCAGCUCCCAGUCAUGUAAUCCUCAUUGAAUCAAAAUUUACUAAAAUGAAGGAAGAUUGUCCUGAGGCAGAACCAACAGAAGUGAGGACUGAAGAGAGUCAACACAAGAAAUCAAUUGAAGAAACUGAGAUAAUACAGAAUGAAGUUCAAAAUGCAGAGUUAUAUGAGGAAAGUGCAAAGAUUGGUGCAACCAAGAAGACUGAAGGACAAGACCUGACUGAAGUAAAAACUGUUGAAGACCAAGGCCAAGUUGAUGUUCAGAAGAAUACAUUAGAACACUUCUUUCCAAGUGAAACAGAGGGAAACAAUGUUGAGUGUUCAGCAACUGAACAGAAACACAAGAACGAGGGCAAUGAUACGAAGUCAGUAAGCAGCAAAAUAGAAGCAGCAACUCCAACAGAAAAGGAACCAGGCGCUGAGAUGUCACAAAAAGACAGCAACAUCAAGCUUGCAGAAAAUGAAAAAAACAAUCAAGACAUUCAGCAGAAAAGGGAUAAUUCCCUUGUAAUGUCUGAGAAGCAGAUCCAAAUAGAAGCAGAUACUAGGCCAAACUCAGUGUUUGUGGCUUCAAAUGAAGAGAAAAAUAUUCCACAAGAGCUAGAGGAUCAGAUUGCAAAAAUUAUACAGAAUGCUGAAACUGGAGAUUCCGUAGCUGAAUAUGCCACUGCAAUAGAUUCAGAGGUAGAACGAUUCGUAAAUGGAGGAAAUAAAAUUAUGGAUAGCUCAGCCGAUGAAAUGAGUGAAAACUCUCAGCCAAUGGAUUCAGAUAAGAUUUCAUUAAUCCUCAUUGAAUCACAAUCUACUAAACUGAAGGAAGAGUGUCUUGAGGCAGAACCAACUGAAGUGAGGACUGAAGUGAGCCAGCACGAGAAAUCAAUUGAAGAAACUGAGAUAAUACGUAAUGAAUGUCAAAAUGCAGAGUUAUAUGAGGAAAUUGCUAAGACUGGUGCAACCAAGAAGACUGAAGGACAAGACCUGACUGAAGUAAAAACUGUUGAAGAGGAAGGCCAAGGCCAAGUUGAUGUUCAGAAGAAUACAUUAGAACACUCCUUUUCAAGUGAAACAGAGGGAAACAAUGUCAAGUGUUCAGCGACCGAACAGAAACAAGAGAAUGAGAGCAAUGAUAAGAAGUCAGUAAGCAGCAAAAUAGAAGCAGAAACUCUAACAGAAAAGGAACCAGGCGCUGAGAUAUCACAAAAAGAAGGCAACAUCAAGCUUGCAGAAAAUGAAAAAAUCAAUCAAAACAUUCAGCAGAAAAAGGAUGAUUCACUAGUAGUGUCCGAGAAGCAGAUCCAAAUAGAAGCAGAUAGUAGGCCAAACUCAGUGUUUAUGACUUCAAAUGAGAAAAAUAUUCCACUAGAGCUAGACGAUCAGAUUGCAAAAACUAUACAGAAUGCUGAAAGUGGAGAUUUCGUAGCUGAAUAUGCCACUGCAAUAGAUUCAGAGAUAGAAGGAUUAGUAAGUGGAGGAAAUAAAAUUAUGGAUAGCUCAGCCGAUGAAACAAGUGAAAGCUCUCAGCCAAUGGAUUCAGCUACGAUUUCAUUACCCGACCUGCAAAUUUCCAAGAAAGAAGCACUACAAGUGGCCGGACACUUGACAGAAGAGGGAGGACAAGUGGAAACUAAAGAAGAAGAGCAAGUUGAAGAAACAAAAACAGAUGAAGAGAAAGAUGAAGAGAAAAGGGACUCAGGCCCUGGUUCUCCCAUCAUGGUAGAAGCCUCUGGAGAUGUGGAUGUUAAAGUCACAAAAAAGAAAUCUCAUAACAUAUUGUCAGGCAUAGGAUCAAAGGUCAAGCAUUCAAUCUCCAAGGUAAAGAAAGCCAUUACUGGAAAGUCCUCUCAUCCAAAGCAUCACCAAGAUGAAGUGCAGACACAAGUGGUCAACAAUUGAUAACAGUAUAGCCAGACCCUUAAUUAAGCAUGAAAACAUUGGUGUGAAAGUUCUUGUUCAUGAUUCCAGUAUUUGUAUUGAAAGGUUAGAGUGUGAUGUAUAUCUCUGCUUAUUGAAAACUUUCAGGCCAUUAUGUCCAUAAAAUAAGGCAAAAAUAUGGCAUUUUGUGUAGUGAAUAUUUGUAAGGUUUGAGUGUGAUGUAUAUUUCCGCUUUUUGAAAA